ACUCUCUUUUUACUUGCAUACAAGUUAACCACCACGGAAACCAGUUAAACGAAAGCUGUUACUACUCCGUCGACAAUCAUUUCGGCUGUUGGUCAAAUUAGUUUUAGUACUUUAGAAUUCAAGGCUUUGAGAUGCCCUCUAAACACAGUUUAGGGGAUGCCCUUCACAUUCGCUUGUUUGCGUCGGUCAGUGCAUAGGGAUUUCACAAGAGUCUUUUCUUUGUUACCAGGUGAGAAGAUUUUACUUGUGGAUCCGCAGCUUUUGAGAGCUAUUGACCGUGUUGCAAGUAUGUCAAUAUUGAGGCAGCUGUCUGUUACAAAAGUCUUUAAAAUUGCUGAGAGCCCACCAAAAGCAGAUUAUGAAAGGAUCGCUUAUAUGGUCCCAUCGGAAUUCAACUCAUGUAUGUCAGUUAUCAAACACUGUGAGGUGGAUCAACUGAAGGAAAUCAAACGAACAAGGCUGAUAAUAUUUGUCCCUAAAGAGAUAUCUUCAAUGACUUACCUCUUAGAAUCUCGUGGAUUUCUUGGUCGGAAUGUGUGUACUGCAAGUUUAUCACUCAGUUGGAUUCAGUUGGAUACAGACUUAGUGACUUUAAAUCUGCCUGCACUGUAUCCGGAUUUCUAUCUGUACAAAGAUUAUUCCUGGCCUCACUAUAUGGGUAUGGAAUUGGGACGCUUACUGAAGUUAACGAGUGAAAGUGACCUGGCUCCAAUGGGUUGUCGGAUCCAUGCUCUUGGAGAGGCUUCGUACGUUGUCGCGGCUGGUAUUCGCUUGCAUUGCAUUCAGUCUGGUUUGGUCGAUAUGGAUCGAAAACCUUCUACCAAUGUUAACGCUCAGUCAAGUAAUCACAGAAAUGGAUCGGUUUCUGAUGAAACCAAUUCAUUGCAAAUGCUGGAUUCACGGUCUUCAUCAUCUGCAUCAUUGUCAGGAGCGUCUUUUCGCGUGCCUCCCUUGGUCUUAAUAUUUAGUCGUGAUUUGGAUUACAUAACACCUUUUCUGGUUCCAAUGACAUUUGAAGCUUUAAUUCAUGAAGUGAUUGGUAUUGAACUAGGUCAAGUUGAGUUACCACUUGAAUCAGUAGAUGAAACAACUCCACAGAAACAAGUUCUCGACAGUACGAAACUCCAAUACUACAAGGAUACCAGAGAUGUUCAUAUAUCUCGAGUCCAUUCAUUACUUUUGGAUUGGCGUGGUAAACUGCAAGAUUCCCGUGGUGAUUUAGAAAUGCAACUGGUCAGUCAUACACCAGUUAUUCGCCACAGUGAAAGUAUGCAAUAUCAAAGCCCAAACUCCCAUCAUACUACUAAUAAUAGUACUAAUACUGAAAAUCAUAAGCUACGGAAUAUAAGUACGCGUCUAGGUCCAUUAUUAGCCAAGAAACGUGAAUUAUCAUUCUUACUAGCUUGUUUGGAACAAGUUUUGAAUGCGAUGACACGUGUAGAGCGCGUGGAAGACUUACGUACAGCACAAACUUUAUUAUUACAAUCUGGUAGUGGUGGGGCUUUGGCUAUGGCUGAAAGUGGAAUUCCAUCCGCUGAUGACGAUGAUUCGAAUAUUGAUCGUAAACGAAAGUUUACUCCAGUUUCUCCUGGUAGUGGAUGUGGAAAUUUAGCGGAUGACAUUAAUUCUAUUCCUAUGCGCUUAUCUAUGGAAUGGCUGACUACAUACCAUGGUGAUCAUUUAAUUGAUGGACUCCGUCUGCUUGCAUUGAACUGUGUUUUACAUGACGGUUUGGGUGAAGGAUUAUAUGAUGUAAUGUGCCGUGCUGUAAUGCAUGCAGCAGGUCAGAUCACCUUUCCAAUGCUUGAUGCCUUACGUUCACUCGGCCUGAUGCAUCCUCGUUCCAAACCCUCUGAAUUGUCCUCUUCAAAGCAGACUCCAGCGAACACUCAUGCUGCAGUUGAAGCAGAGUCGAAUGCAUCUAUUUCUCGAGCGAAUAAUUCGACAAAGAGGUCUGGUCAGCCAUUGUCUAAUGCAGUUACGAAACUGAAAUUAUCAAAUAAACAUAAAUCAAGCUAUAAUUAUCUGCACUAUUUGUUGCAACUUAGUAAUAGGUGUCAAGCUAAUCGACAUGUCGAUCGUACAAUUGUUUCACCUACAUAUGUUUAUUCAGGCCAACAUUGCCCAAUUGUUGUUCGACUUGUGGAGUCUAUUUGGUCAGCUGGUCUUAUGGAAUCUAAAUUUCAAUCUGUUAAAUCAAAUGCUUAUCCUUCUGAACAGAAGCAUUCCGAUUUUGAAUUGAUUGAUCAACCCCAAUUGACUGAGGCAUUAAAGCAUAUGGGUCUGUCAAACGAAGUUGCUUCGAAUCUAGGCCUCAUAAAUCUUUGUGAUCCCUCACUAACGGCUGCAGGAUAUCAAAACGAUAUGUUUCUUACGAAAAAUCGCCCAAACGCUCCAAUGGCCCGUCCUUUGCCUCUUGUCAGCACCGACCAACCGGUUGUUGUAGCAUUCCCCGGUGGCUGUACGUAUGGUGAAGUUGCUGCUCUCAGAUUUGUUGCUGCACGAAGGAGAUGGAAUCUGCUGAUUGCUACAUCUGUAUGCUCACAUCACGAGAUUUAUUGCAACAAGCUGGAAAGGCAGCAAUGAGCAUGAACCUUGCGUAAUCGUACAUAUCUGUCGAUAGAUAUUUUCACCAUCUCAUAUUCCUUUUUCUUCACACAAUUUAUAUUCUCAGGUCCUUCAAGUUUUCUAGAAUGACAACAUAAGCUUUCGUGAUUACACACUAGAAUACUUGUUAUUUAUUCUAGGUAAACAAAGUGUGUUUUGUGCUGUGAAUCAAACGGGCUGUGCCUUUUUACCAACAAUCAUUUUCUUUUGUUGAUUCUUUGAUUCCUUUUCUAGUAAGUAACUUAUUUGUAAUGAGCGUGACAAUUUUCACGUCUGUAUUGAUACAUUCCUUUGUGCAACAAAUGCAUUUCCUGUUUUGAAAUAUUUAUGUUAUUUCGUAUCCUAGGUGUUUAAAGUUUUGGAUUUUGUUGUAUUUUUUUACUUUGGUAAUUAGUAUGUUGUUUCCUUAAUAUCAUAUUAUUUUCACAGUAGAUGUUUUGACUGUUAUAUAUUGGCUUUAAAUCACCUCUUUAAACUCCAUCUCAGGAUCUAGAUAUGUGUUUUUGUGAUACGUUAAAUGGAUCUUUUCCGUGCUAUAUACUCAUAGUUCACUUCAGUUCCAGUACGUUUUGAUGAUUGGUUCCAUUUAAACUACUACAGGAUAAUUCCGGGUCUAAGGAUGAGACCAUAUUUUUUUGUUUCACAACUGUUAAACAACAGUUUAUAAGAGCACAAAUAAUAACCCAAUUCAUUUUAC